AGUCUCAUGUUUUCUCAUCACAAUCGCCUUUCACAGACCUCUAAAAAAGACAACAGUUUGAAUCUUCCACUACACAGACAACAUUUUACUUCCUUGUUUUGUGUUGCAUUGCUUUGAUCUCCACUGCAUCGAUCAUUGAUUCAUGAAUUCUUUGGCAUUCUUCUAACCCAAAAAGUCAUGGCGCAUGACUCGAACCCAUCAACUGUCUCUCUCUCUUGGCCCACCAACCCCUACUUCUUGCCUCCAAUCUCGCCAUGGCCGCCUCCAUUCAUUUUCUUCAUCCUCUCCACACCUAUAUAUAUUUCAGACACUUCGGGCUGCAGUUAAAGAAUGCCAACAGCCUGAUCAAAGCACAAAGAGUACUGUAUUAGAGAGAGUUUUUUUUUUCUCGGGAAAGAAAAAUGACUGUAGAUGAGUCUUUUACGAAACCAGGAGCAGUGCCAUUCAAGUGGGAGAUCAAGCCCGGUGUUCCAAAGCUCCAGCACCAGCAAAAACAGCCAGUGGUGCUAUCUCCGCCGCCUCUGCCGCAGCCUCGUAACUAUCACCGUACAGUACUUCCCACACCACCGCAGAAGCUUCGGCCACCGCCGUCGUCUGGGUCGGCUUACUUUGUGCCUCCGUUGGAGUCCCCAUCUCGGGUCCGCUCUUUCCGGUCGUCCCCAAGGAUCCGGUCUGAGCGCUGGAGGUUCGACAGACAAACCACCGCCCUGGUUAGGCCCGAAGUGGUUUCGCCUGGAUGCUUCCCGUCGUCUUUUCUGAAGAGGAGCAAGACGGGAAAACAGACGCUCCCGAAGCCCGGACUCGCUUCCGAACCAGACUACAGUUCUGAUCUCGAGACGCUGGCCCGGUGGUCCGUGUCAAGCCGGAAGUCGCUCUCGCCAUUCUCCGAAUCUCCGUCGACGUCGUCCUUUUCGUCGUCGUACCAUUCGUCGCCCCGACCCGUGGGUGAUGCCGAGUGGGCCGGGUUCGGACUUUUCUGAAUGAUGCCGUUGGGGCUUUGAUUGUGUGGACUUUUUUUUUUUGGUCGCAUAGUAAAAUCGUAAAGAGCUCAUGAUAUAUAAUAUAUACAUAUUUUAAAUUUU